GAUGCCCAUUCGUCUACGCAAUUUAUUUACAAUGCGCACCGCUCACUCGCACUUGAUAUGCAACGUCAACGGCUUCCUAUAUUCAAAAACAAAGACCACGUAAUUUACCUAUUAGAGAAAUACCAAACCCUGGUUCUAGUAGGUGAAACAGGCUGUGGUAAAAGCACACAAGUGCCUCAGAGUACCAUGGGAUAAUGGCACGAUAAACCGCCCGCACCCUGAGGAACCGGACCAGCGUACGUUCUUGUGCGACAAAGAUGCGUGCAUGCGGCCCGACCGGCGCGACCGACAAUUUCAAGUCUAUCCGUCGUAAUCACCGUUGUUGUCGUCGGCGUCGUUAUCGCUAGAUAGAGUGCUCGAUUAUCCAUGCGUCAGUAUCCUCAGAAACAAACGCACGAUCGCAUCGCAUCAUGAAAAAAGAACUGGCCCGCCGCCCGGUGAAAGUGCUGUGCGUAUUGUGUAACGUUAAUAUUUGCCUAUCUCUGAGUGGCCGCCGUUGCGAUACAAUCGACGUCGUAUCGGCGUAGAAACUCGAGCGAUCACGACCGAAUCGAUCACAGCGGGAUCGAAUGUAUCUGGCGAGGAGAAAGGACGAAGAGGAGGAUCAUUCUGAAGAGCAACGGCGCGGCGGACGGGCGAUUCUGCGGCGACCGGCGCGAUCUUCGACGAAAUUCUCAUAACACACGUCGCAUCCCGAUUGUAGCCGGCUGACGAAGACAAUCGGUCAUGAUUGCCGAUAGCAAUAAUAGUAAAAGAAAUCAUAAUAAUCUUGACGGUAACAAUAUCGAUAAUAAUCACAUCAAGAGAGAUCAGUAAUAAUAAUAUACAAUGGAUUAUAGCGAAGGAAACGAGCAACAGGAAAGUCGGCCUUGAAAUUGAAUAAAGCAUAAUAAUAAUAGUAAUAAUAAUAAUAAUAACAACAAUAAUAAUAAUAAUAAUAAUAGUCAGCCAUCGAUGAAUUGGCAAUCAACCGUGACAACAAUUGACCGAAUUAAACAGACAGGCGAGACACUCGCCUCGGCCGGCGACGAGAUAAGCAAACUAGGCGAGACGAGGCACCGUUUACCACCGCGGGAACAGUAUUGCAAGAUGUUGUGUUUGCCGGCGUUCACCAACCGCACCUGCCUGGCGUUUUCGCUGGUGUUGCUGGUGUACUUCCUCGGGAUGGACCUGCUGCUCUACUUCAGGGCGCAGAAUUACGACGUGCGGCCGCACGCGAAUGACACACGCGGCGGUGCGACGUAUCACUCACCGAUCUUAUGCGAUGUGGAUCCGAUUUGCAUGGUGACGGUGAAGGCGAUGAUGUUGGACCACCCGAAUCACUUCGUUCUCAGUCCACUGGCGUCUCUGGUAGACUACCUGCUGGGUAUCAGUCAUUGUUGGACGUGGUUGUCGCCAAACGCCAUCAGCGCCUUCCACGUGCUGGUUGCCAUCAUCGGCGCCCGUUACAUCACGCGGAGCUCCCUCACCCACAGACGGCUGGGAGUGCUUCUGUUUCAAGUGAGAUCCUGGCUGGACAACCUGGACGGCCAUGUCGCCCGGCAGAGACGCAACAUCGAGGGCGAGCGAUCGGACGUCGGGUCCAUGGGCUACCUAGUAGACGGUGUGUGCGAUGGUCUCGGCUGCGUCGCGCUCAUAGUCGCGGUGUUCCUGCUGCUGAAGCGCAACCGUCGCGCCUGCUACGAGCGCUUGCCCUCGAAUCGUAAAUCCGCCGCGUCCUUGGCGACCCAGCGUGACAACGGCAGCUCCUCGAUCAAGACCUCUAUCUGGAACUCGCCCUUGUAUCAUAUGCUGCUGGUGGGCGUGCACUUUUUACUGACGAGCGUCGCAUGGAAUCGCUAUAUAUUCGUGUAUCAGGACCUCCUCGAGACCGACGACAAACCGCCUCUGCUCAGCAUGGAGCAGUUUUAUGCCAGGCAGACCAGCGUGCUUAGGAGCCCCGUCUUCUGGGCGGUCGCUCUCGGCUGGAAGAUCUUCAACUUCCACGCGGUCAUGGAUUACAUGCAGCUGGCGAUAUUCUUGGACCGCAUCUGGGAGUACAUCAGACUCGUGCGCUGGCCGGCAUACGUUGUCCUGCUGCUACUGAUGUUUAUCAGCGAACUUCAUUACUUACAUGUUUAUACUUACGUGCAAACUAUACCGUCGGUCGCCAACGUUUACACUUUUCUCACGAACACGCUUGCCGCUCGAUGACAGUCCGCUGUCCACUACUGAAUGUCUCAUGUUUGUUUACCGUUAAUGGAAAUUCUUUUCUUCAGGAGCUUACUGUCAAACCGCCUUCCCAGUCUCCCUCCUAGACAGGUCAUGCAUUUACAAAUCUUUCGCGCUUUUAGUUCUAGUAUCUUGCCUUACUGAUCUGUACAUGAUCGACAUUCUCCGAAAGCACGAAAGCGAAACUCAAGGCAGUUUGGAAAUAAGCUCUGUGAUUGUAAUUAAUAUCUUCGUGAAACUCUGAUGUUGUGAUGACCGUUGUGAUUUUUUCUUUUCCUUUCAUCGCACAAAUGCGACGGCGACGCUUAUAACUCUCUUUCUGCAAUAAUGUCGUGAAACGCGCGCGUGUCUGGGUACAUACACAUUCGAGGAAAUAUAUAACGAUGGAAUUUUCUUAAUUGAAUAUAUUAACGAAAUUUUCUUAAUCGAACAGUCGCGGCUAUCUCACAACGCGAUAUCCAACGCAAUAGAGACGCGGUUACGAGAAAAUGAACGAAAUUGUCCUCAGGUCCCGAGGAAGAUUACAAGUCGAAGACAAUGAUGUUGACGAAACGACAUAUUAUCGCCGAUUCUCACAUUGCGAUUUCCGAGUCGCAUAUGUUAACGUGCGAGUACAAAACUAACGUUUUACUUUGUGUUGUUGAUUUUUACAGCUAUUAAUAUUAUAGUUUACAAAUUUUGUGUGCGUGUGUAUGUAUAUGUAUGAUGUGUGUGUGUGUGUGUGUAUGUAUGUAUGUGACACGCAUACCCACGUGUUCUUAAGCCGACGUAAGAUGAUAUUACAAGCGGGUGUAAGGUUUUGCCUUGCACCUUGCUGCCAUGCAUAUAACAUGAGGGAUGUUUUGAAGUAACAAUAAGUUUAACGCCAAGACGCGCGACGCUCGAACGUCUGUUUCCUUAUCGCUGACUGUAACUUGCAUUGUACUGUCCACGGCGCGAAGUGUGUCAGUCGUUGACUGCAUAGUUAGGCAUAUUUUCUUUUUAUCUAAUCCAGUGCCAAGAGCGCGUUACCUGGCUCGCAGCGCACGCCCGCGCGAAUAACGCAACAGGCCUGCGUAAAAACCUGUUACGUGCGCGAGCCGGAGAACCGUGAAGUCUCGUUAACGGGUAACGCGGAGUCAAUGUCGAUAACUGCGUGUUCGACGUGAGGUCUCCCGUUGAAUUUGAGAACGCUGCGGCCAGCUUUUGUGUAUUAUUUUUAUAACGAGGAUCUUUAAUAAAAUGUAUUUAUAUAAAUCAUAGUUGUGUGUGGAAUACCGUGCGUUCAUCCGUUCAUCUCUCUUCCAGCGAAUAAUCUACUCCCCCGGUACACUCUCGCUUUGCAAUUUGCUUCGGAAUUACAUGACAAUGCAUAUUAAUUUCUUAACACACACCCCCGCCGUUUGUUGUUACAAGGGCAUUAGCGCUUUCAUUUACGCAGUAAUGUGGAUUUUCUUGAUUCUGAUGUUUAAUUUAUAUCUUGAUAAUAUCUUGAUAAUAUCUUGAUAAUAUCUUGAUAAUAAUAAUAAUACGUACACAGCGAGUUCGAACCAAUUAAUGUCACGUUGUAUGUAAAUCG